GGUCGAGGCGCACAUGUCUUGUUCAUCCACAGGUGGUUUCUUCAUGAAUUGGGGAGGGGCGAAUUUUCUUGCUUUGAAUUUGGGGAAAUUAGGGGGAUAGCACUUGACAGUUUGUGACGUCUCAGGUCACGUGUGAGUACCACCUAUCUAUUAUACAUGACAGAUGUAUAUAAAAGGGACGGACUGACGGCACUACUACAACUUGCCUGUUCGGCGUAGCACGUGGUUGUGACUGUUGUGCGCGCGCAUCCGUCCGAAAGUAUGAGCGCUGUGGAGUGGGGCUACAACGAGAGCAAUGGGCCGUCCACAUGGGUUAAGAAUUUCCCAACGGCUGCAGGGAGUCGUCAGUCACCUGUAGACAUUGUGACGUCAUUGGCUACAUCUGACACUUCCCUGACGUCGAAGCCUCUCAAUUGGAAAUACGUCCCAGAAAACACUCGCGAGAUUAUCAACACUGGUCAUGGCUGGCGGGUCGACGUCAAAGGCGAAGGCUCCGAACUAAUCGGUGGUCCUCUCGAGGAUUCCUAUAGGCUGCAACAGUUUCACUGUCACUGGGGUUUCCAGAGCGACAAGGGGUCGGAACAUACGGUCGACGGCCAGCCCUUUGCUGGCGAGCUUCACUUGGUGCACUGGAACAAGAACAAGUACGCCAACUGUGGUGAGGCAGCUGCUUUUGCUGAUGGUCUUGCUGUUUUGGGUGUCCUUCUUAAGGUUGGAAAAGAGAACCCAGAGCUUCAGAAGAUUGUUGAACAUAUUCCAAGCAUCUAUCAUCGUGGACAAAAGACGGCUAUAAAGGAACCAAUUGAUCCAGCCAAGUUGCUCCCAGGAACAUUCUCUUAUUGGACAUACCUAGGCUCCCUGACUACACCCCCCUGCUCUGAAAGUGUUACCUGGAUACUCUUCAAGGAACCUAUUGAAGUUUCUGAGGAGCAGUUAUCCGCAUUCCGAAGUCUACGAUGCUACAAACCUGAAGAAGCCUGUCCUUGUGAUGAACUAGAGGGACUCGUAAUCAACAACUAUCGUCCACCUCUGCCUCUUGGCAACCGAGAGCUGCGAGAAUGUGGCUCUGUUUAAGUAAGUGUGACAUGAUGGCACAUUUCUGUUUGCACCAUGCUUCACAUAAUAUGUAAAAUUUCAGUGAACAAGUUUUUUUUCACUUACUAAACAGAUAGUUAUAUUCUGCACUCCUAAAUUCAUGUGGCAGUGUUUACAGUCACGCAGGUGGGCUGUUACAACUACAUUAAUGUAGUUGAAUAUAUGUAAAUCAGUAUUUUAAAAAGUAAAUUAUUUUGCACUAUGGGAUUUUACAUCCUUUUGCUAAUAUUAUUCAAUGAUCCCCACAGUUGGGCGUAGUAUGUAUCAAUAAUGAGUGCAAUAGAAAUGUGAUAUCUUUCAGUGUGAUUAAUAUGGCCAAUGUUAACUGCUUCAGUAACUCUGAACAACAUUUGCAAAUAACAUUUAGGUCACCUGAAAAUAAUUUAAAUAUUAAUUACGUAAAGAGUUACUAUGUUGUCCAGUGAGAGGAAAAGAAGUCCAGAAUAUUGAGGCUUCUGAUGAUGCUUUUUGUCUGGUAAACUCUUUGUAUUUCAGAAGAAUUUUAUCUUUAAAUUCUUCUGAACUGUUUAUAAGUUGGAUAUUAUAGGUCACAUCUUGAGAUUCUAUAAAUAUCAAUAACCAGUUUGCAAGAAUGUUCAUUGUAUACUGAGGCCGAUGUGUGUAGACCACCUGUAUGGCACAUCACAUUUUUAAACUAUAAAAUUAAUCCAUUGUGGCUUAUACUAGCAAAAUAGUAUAAUUACUAUGAUUAAGGUACUAAUAAAGGGAUCAAUAAAAACUGCUGAAAUUUAGUAUAAGUAUAUAGACAGUACAUUUUGCUUACUAGCUAUAGGAGUAGAGUGCAUGAAAAAUAAUUAGAAUAUGACGUCUGGAGGAAAUGGAUAAAUCUAUAUGUAAUAAAUUCUUAUGCAAUAUUAAUUGUCUAGUCUUUGAAUAUAAAUAUUGUUUUAUUAUGAGCAGUUUUUGGCUGGCUUGAAUACAAUUACAUGAUUCUUGUCAUAUUUCCUGAAAUAAGAGUAUGAGAAUAUGAGAUAUAAAAUGAACCAUAUGCUAAUGGAUAAGUGAUUUAUAUAAAAAGCAGCUUAAACCUUUGUAAAAUAAAUUGAAAGCUUUAUAUGCUCCCACAUCACUGAUAGUAUUAAUAUGUAUGCCAUGUGAUUUAGUUCUGAUUUGCAUUUCCCUUAGCAGAAAGCAACACUGUCACUUUUGUGUCAUUUCAUAAAAGUAUAUAUAAUAAAGUUUUAGAUUUCUUGUACAAAAGUUUUGUUAGUAGGAAUUAAUAUUUAUUAGUUUGUAUUAUCUUUUAUUUACUUUCCCUGCAUUAUCCAAGUGGACUUCUGCACAGUCUACGUUUUAUUUGUAGACUUGUAUCAGUUUUAAUAAAACAAUUUAAGCAAGAAUACUUGACAAUGAUAAUAACAGAUUGAAGAACAUGUGUUUAGGUUUUAUCUUGUGUGAUGUUUUUAUUUCAGGAAAUAAAAGAAAACAACUGUCAGUGACGUACUAAUUAAGCAAUAGACUGUUGUAAUCAUAUUGUUGUUAGUUACCUGGUAGAUAAACAAGUAGAGCAUCAUGCCUUAUAGUAAGAAACACAGAUGUAAGCACAAACGUGUUCAUGCAUAUAUGAUACUAAAGAUAUAAAGCUUACUCAUCAAGUAGAAAGUGUGCAAUUAAAAAAAUUUGUUUCACAAUUACUAUAGAUGAACUACGAUGUGAGAUCAAUUUUUUUCCAUCGUGCUAAAUAGGAUAAGUCCUUUUAAUUUCUGUGUUCUUAAUUUCAAGUAUCACUGUCCAUGUCAGUGCUAAUAAGUAAUUAUUGAUUGUAAAUUCAGAUGUUUUAUCAGCAUUGUAAUAUAUUUGAUUAUAUUUCAAAUUUAAAAGCCACUGCUUUGCUAUAAUAAUGUUUUAUGAAAACUCAAACCCAAACAUAUUGUAAUGUCAGGACAGAAUCAAGUUUCAUGUUUAGACUGGAUUCAUAUGGUGAACACAGGAUUUUUAUUUAUAUGUGGACCUUAAAUUAUUAUAAUAUUCAAUUUAAAUAUGUAAGAGAAACUAACUGUGAUUGUUACUUGAAAGCAUAGUGGCUAUGCCUUUAUUAUAUGUGCAUUGAAAAUUAUUAACAACUCAGGAGGAUAAAAUGAAUAUUUAUAUUAUAUUAUACUGUUUCAAUCUUUACUGAAAACUCAAGAGGGAGUAUGUUGGGAAUGUACUAAAUACAUGGUGAUUCAUUUAGUAAUUAAGAACCAAGUGGUCCGUACCUGAAUAUAUUGUAUAGAUAUGCCUCAGAACAAAGUUGGUCUAUAUUUGUGUACGUACUUUUGUAACUGGAUAAAUCUCAACAAAAGUGGUACAUUAUGUCUUUGCCAGUUCACCUGUGAGGCAGCCUGCAUAUUUCUGCCCUCCAAAGUAAUGAAAUUCAGUUUUGUUGCAUUUUGGGUAAAUUUCAUUCAUACGGAGAUCACUAAUUGGACAACAUACUGAUUAUAUUUGUAAAAUUUCAUUACAUUGUUAUGUACAAUGUACUUGUGUUACCAUUAGCGCAUUAGAUGACAUGAAUUGUAUACAAAUGGAGCACUGUAAUCUAUA